GCUUCCUCGUCUUCCUACAGUGGAUGAGGAAAUCUCGCGAUAGUUAUAUGCAAGGAAAUAAAUGGAACAGUGGCGAACAGAGCCUUCGUCUCACAACGAAGCUUAUUGAUUGGUAGAGGAAGUGUCAGUUCGUGUUAAGUCCCACCUACGCCCGCAAUUCCUGGAGUAAUAUUUUGGCUACAAAUGCUGCUGUUGCUCAUGCUCUUAGAAAUGCCUCCAGUCAUCUGGUGGAUCAUGGCUCUAAGAGCAUGUGGCUUGAUCAUUUUCCGAAGACGUACCAUUCCCAAAGUGAGCAACGAUAGUAUUCAGUUUCUCAUGCUACAGACAUCAUAUGGAACGCAUCACUGGACUCCUCCUAAAGGUCAUGUGGAUCCAGGGGAGAAUGACAUGGAGGCAGCCAUUAGAGAGACCCAGGAGGAAUCUGGUCUGGACACCACCCAGUUGAUCAUCGUUGAAGGAUUCAAGAGUGAGCUGAACUAUCUAGUCAAUAAGAAGCACAAAACUGUUGUCUACUGGCUGGCGGAGGUGAAGGACUACAACGUGGAAAUUCAUCUGUCCAGAGAACACCAGGCAUACCGUUGGCUAAACCUAGAGGAGGCCUGCAAAAUAGCUCAUUAUAAGAAUUUGGAGGCAGCUCUCAGAGAAGCACACAAGUUUCUUUGCUCCACACCUUGACCCCAAGAAAGGGAAGGUUUUUUCGAAUACCCAAGAUUUAGGAUAUUGAGGUUCUCCUGUGUCUCUCCAGAGAACAACCCUCCCUGAUUAGAUUAUUCAGGCUUUUCCAUUCAUGCUGCCAUACAGGGCAGCUGAGGUCAUUAGAAUUGACAUGAUGGUGUUGAAACGAAAGAGAGAAUAUAGAAAUGAAAAAGCCAAAUCUCUGCACAUGUGCUUGAGGAAUAAACCAUCAGAAACUUGACCAUCAUUCAAUUUGUUUUGUUUUUGGCAUGUUGAUACAAUAAAAAAAAAAAAAACCCUCA